GAGGUCCAUGUGAUGCACUGAUUUCCUGCCCGUUUCCUGGCCUCUGGGCUUCUUGCUUUCCUCUGCUCUCUCUCUCUCUCUGGCGGUCCUCCUGCAUCACCCAUCCAUGCAUUAAAGACCUUCAGAGGUGUCACCAUGCUGCGUCGGAAGCCAUCCAACGCCAGCGAGAAAGACCCGGUCCAAAAGAGGAAGCUGUCGCUGCAGCGGUCCAGCAGUUUCAAGGAUUUCGCCAAAUCCAAACCCAGCUCCCCGCUGGCGAACAACAAGGCAUUCAGCCUCGAAGAGGAAGAGGUUCUUGAAGGCAACCCACCAGCUAGCCCGGAUGAUGUAGGGCGCUCAAAGCUGGGCAAGAGAUGGAGAGCCGCCAUUUCCAGGACCAUGAACCGGAAGACGGGCAAGGCAGUGGCUAAAGCAUUGGUAGAUCAGGGACACGAUGAAUCCGAGACUCCUGCAUCUCCAGCCCACAGUCCUGUUGAAGAAGACCUUCCCGUCUUUCCGGUCGCAACCCAGGAGACUAACAGCCCCAGUGCCUCCAACGAAAGGGAAUUGUUCAGCCCCACCAUGAGCAGCCUCUGCAGCAAGGAAGAGACCAUCUCUACCCCAUACAACGGACCCUUCUGUGGAAAAGCCAAGGUUCACACAGAUUUUAUUCCCAGCCCUUAUGACAAGGACUCUCUGAAGCUUCAGAAAGGGGACAUCAUCCACAUCAUUGCAAAACCUCCUGUCGGCACCUGGACUGGCCUUCUGAACGACAAAGUGGGCUCCUUCAAAUUUAUCUACGUCAGUAUCAUCCCUGAAGAGACCGUCUCGGCUACGAAGACCAGUUCGCGGCACAGGAGCAAAAGGCCAAAGCCCAAAACCUUGCAGGAGCUGUUGCAACGGAUGAACCUUGAGGAGCACACCUCUACACUGUUACUAAAUGGUUACCAGACCGUGGAGGACUUCAAGGAGCUGCAGGAGAACCACCUGAAUGAAUUGAACAUCACUGACCCACAGCAUCGCACCAAGCUGCUUACAGCAGCCGAUCUACUGCUGGAUUAUGACACAAGCAGCGAGGCUGAAGAGGAAGGAGGCGCCUUGGAGGGUCAACUAUUUCCCGGAGAGAUCAAAGAAGACAUUCCUCGUGAUUCCGGCUGUUUUGAAGGGGCGGAGACUUUGGACAGUGGUCGGGAAGAAGACGUGAAGCUUGGGGAGGGGCUGCCAUCCCAUUCUCUGACCAGUUCGGGCUGAGAUGAAGGCCCCUCGCUCUGCAUCCUGAGCCCCGGUUGGUUGGUUGGUUGGCUGGCAGGAGCUGUUCUUCCAGGAACACGCCUCUUGUUCCUUCCCCUGCCAAGAUAACUCUUUAGGCCAAGUAGGAAUAGAGCUCCAAAAUCCUGGCUGAGGAACAAGGAGAAGGCUCGGAUCCAGAAUCCGCACUGAUUACUGCACCACAGACUCUUGUUGCCAGACUGUUGCAUGCCAGGGGUGCCUCUUUCAGAGUUUUGCCUGCGGCGAGGAGGAGCUAUGUUGAGACUUCCCAAGAAGCAACCGAACUCGCCUCUGCCUCCACGUGCCCAAGUCUUUCUCUUGGGUGCAAAGAGUGUUUGCUUGCCUCCGCAACCCCCACCCCACAGUCUCUGCGCAGUCCAAAUCCCGCCACAAAUAUGGACAACGAACUUCUGAGUGGGGUGGGGCUUCUCCCACCCUCCUGAGUCACCCGAGGAGGGGUAUCCACUCUUGUAGGUGUAGUUGGGAAGGGCAGGGGGGAGGGGGAGGAGGGACUCUGCUCUAGUUCUUUUCCAAUAGAUCUACUUUAUUGUAAAACAGCUAGGUUUUAGGCAGCUUUAGGACAAGAUCCUCAGGAAAGAAAGGUAGGUGCAAUUUUUAGACUGGCUUACUGUAUGAAAUGGCAAGCACUAUUCCCUGGUACUGACUUUUCAAAUAAAGCACAUUUUUCUCUGGAGUGUAGAUCUGAACCUAUAUGUCUGGGUUGUUUUUAGAAAAACUAAAAGGUAAAAUAUUCCGAAGGA